AUGUAAUUGUCAUAUUUUUCUAGUCUUUUGAGUUGGUAUUAUACAUUAUUUAAUAUAUAAGGGUGAAGAAGAACAAUGGAAACAAUCAAUUGGUGAUCGGCUAGAGAUCCAUCAGCCUAUUUAUCUUAAAGAUGUAUUUACAUGAUCGAUUAGUGUAAAAAUCCUAAUACAAAUUAAAUACUAAUCAAUCUAUUCAAUUUAAGGAUUCUAUUGAGUAAAUAUGUCAAAUCUCAUAAUAUAAUCAAAAAAACAAUUUAGAAGAAGUAUUUCUUCAGUUUUAUUUUAUAGAAAUUAUUAUCAUAGCUCACUCUAGUUGAUUAGGAUGAAAUUUUUGAUACUAUAUGUAUUAGAGGAGAUAUGCAUAAUAUCAUCACUUUGAUUAGAGAUUGCUCAAAUGGCAAGGCAUUUACAGAACAAUUGAAGAUAAUUGAAGAUAAUAAAUAAUUGAAGGUUUAAGAUGCAAGUUGGUUUGAUUCUACUUAACCUUAGAGUUGUCUGAAUUGGAUUAUAAAUGAAUUUGAAAAGUAAGUAACCUUAUUGUAUUAUAAACAUAUCAACUUCAUUAAUUAUGAAUGUAUCUAAUAAUAUUGGAUUAACAAUGGAAACAAUAUAAGAAAGAAGGUAUCAGAAUGUAUUUCAAAUGUUAUUAGAAUAGAUUAAAAUAUUAUUCUAAAAUAAUACUCUAAUUUUAUUAAAGAUCAUUCAAUUAAUGUUCAAAACAUUCUUAGUAAGUUUAAUGAUAAUUAAAUUGAAUCCAUAUUUUAUUUACCUUUACAUAAUGCUUUGACUCUUUAAAGUUUCUGUGAAAAAUAAGUACUCUAAAUCAUAAGAGAAUCUUAUAAACAUUCCAUAUUGUAGGAAUUAGAAUUAUUAACAAAAAAUGAUCAAAAUUAAUAGCUACAAUAAAUAUCAUAGUAAAGAUUAAAGAAAAAGAAGAAAUAAAAUAAAUAAAAGAAAUUAAUACAUUAGGUUGUGUAGGAAAAAUCUGCUAUUAUAGUUUAAAAAGAGCAUGAAAAUUAAGAUGCAACCACUGAUGAUAAUUAAGACACUGAAGAUUGGAUUAUUGUUACUAAGAACAAAAAGUAGAAAUGUUCUAAUCAUAUUAAUACAACAAAUUCUAAUAAGGAAUUAUAAUAUGUAUUAUAAUAAUAAGAUUAAUAAUUUCCGAUAUAAUAAGAAAAUAAGAUGUCUAUGGAGAUUGAGGAAAUAAGCAAAAAUGAUAAUCUACAAUAAUAAGAAUAGUAUUAAUAUUAAUAAUAAUAAUAAUUAGAAUAAUAAUAAUAGUAUCAAUAGUAAUUAGAAUAAUAAUAAUAAUAGGAAGUAGAAUAAUAAUAAUAAUAGGAAUUAGAAUAAUAACAAUAAUAGGAAUAAUAGUAAUAAUUUGAAUAAAAUAUCAGUACUCCUGAAAAGAAAAAGUUAAUUAAAAAGAAUUUAGUAUUACCUAAAAAGGUUGAACAGAAUGAAGAAUCAAUUGAUGAAAAUCUUAUGAAUUUAGCUUUUUAAUAAAUGAUAAAAAAGUUAGAUCUUGAUAUCAAAGAAUUUAUUGAUUAAAUUAGAAGAGAGAAUGAUUAGUAAUUUCCAAUAAGAUAGUUAAUAUUUAACAGAAUUCAAUUUAUAAUUUAAUAUUUAUUUAAGGAUGCAGGUGUAUGUUUAUUUGGAUCAUGUGCAACAAGAUUGGCUCUACCAGAUAGUGAUAUUGAUAUAGGAAUAACUGGAUUAGAGACUAAUUUAUUAAAUUAAAAAAUGGAUAUGAUUAUUGAAUUUUUGUAUAAAAUGAAUUGGGUGAAACGCAUAAAGUAUAUUAUUAUUUUAAUAAUUUUAGACCAAUUUAUCCAACAUAAACAACAUUACCACUUAUUAAAUUAUGGGUAGAUCCUAGUAUUCCAUUUAGAAAUGGAAAUAUGAAUUUACCACAUAUAGAUUUAUUAUGUUAAUCAUAAUUGAUUUAAGUUGAUAUAAGUUUUUUUGGACAUAUACAACAUUUAGGAUUGACUUCAACUGAACUUACUUGUUAUUGGAUUUAAGAAUAUUAAGAAUUAAAAACGAUAACACUUUUAUUUAAAAGUUUAUUAAAGAAAAGAGGAUUAAAUGAUUAAUCAAAAGGGGGAAUAUCUUCAUUUUGUUUAGUACUUUUAGUUGUAGCCUUUUUAGAAUACUAUUAUUAAUAAAAUUCUGGAUUUCACUCAAUUGGUUUAGCAACAUAUAAAUUUUUAGAAUUUUAUGGAACUAAAUUUAAUGCUCAUUCUAUGGGAAUCUUUUAUAAAGGUUUUGAUUAGAAGUAAUAUAUUAUAAAUAUAAAAAAUAGUCCAUUUUUUUAUUUGGAAAAAGAGGAUUUCUAGUUGACAAUAGUGAGUCCAAUAACUUGUGAAAUAAUAAGUUAGAGUAGUUCAUUUGUUCAAACAAUUCUUUAAGAUAUAUAGGGAUUGUUUAAUGCUUGUGAAAAUGAAACAAAAUUUUUCUAUGAGAAGGCUAAGUUUAAUAAGAAGAAGAGAGGAAAGAAAGAAGAACGAAAUUUAUUUUAUAAGGAAUUUGCAAAGCUAACACCACUAUUUAGUACUUGAUU